CCCAAACGUCUGUCUGGUAUCCUUGGAGGAUCGAUAUAAAUUUUUUAAUUAUUGAUAAAUAUAAUAAAAUGGCAGUGAGUGAAUCAAUAGAUUUUCCAUCAGAAUCGUCUUUGGUUGAGCAUUGCUCCCUCUGUCUUUCGUCUCAUCUGCUAAGGUUUCCCCCCCACUGAGAAGUGGAUUCGUUCCAUAGCGUAAAUGUCGAUCCCCAAGCCACAGAAGUCGGUCGAUGAGAAACAGACGAUGAUGUGUGAAAGAAGUGGAGAAAAUUUUCCAAAUACACGAGGAUAACUUUUAAUAAGAAUCUCAAAUAACAGUUGUACCGGAAGAUGACAAACAGAAACGAGUGAAAUAUGGUGGACAAGGAGACUACUAAGGAAGUGAUCAUAGCUUUAGAAGACGGAAAAGUAGAAUGUGAUGAGGAUUGUAAACGUAAUUUACCUAAACGUUCUUCUUCGUUGCUCAGGCGAGGCGAUACCACUCUCAGCAUCGACACCACUGGCUUUCAACGUUAUUUGCCCUCCUGUAUACAGUUUGCUUUUGCAGAUCAGGAAGUGGAACAGCUCUAUCGUCAGUUCUGUCAGAACGAGAAAUGCAGCGAACUCAAGUCAUUCCUAAUAAUUGUUAUUGUCGUCGACUUGACUUUAUUAACUUUAUACGGCCUUUCUUACCAACAGCAGAAACUUCCUCAGUUGAUAGUUUUACUUGUCCUCUUCGUCUCGCUAGUGAUCUUGUUGAUAUUAACGUGGAAAUGGAGCAUACCUCGACUUCUUUGGACUUUUAUACCGUAUUUAAUGUGGCUAGUUCAAGUCGGCCACGUUUUCUGCGACGUUUGGCUUUAUCCGUUACCUCGUCUCCCAGUCGAUGCCGUUAGUUGGAUUGUUUUAUAUACUUAUUCUCUCUAUAUACUUCUACCCAUGCAAAUUAGUCUGUGUGUCACGUUGGGAGUAUUAAUGGCCUUUCUUCAUUCGCUACUCAUCGCCAUAUUACCGGAAGAUCACAAUCAUCUAGGAUAUCAGUUCGGUGCAAAUGUAUGUCUUUACGUGUGUACUAAUCUUCUCGGAGCUAUGACUUACUUCUUCAUGGAACGGCAACAGAGGAAAGCUUUUCUAGAAACUCGUCAGAGUCUAGAAGCUAAAUUAAUCUUAGAAGAGGAAUCUCAGGAACAGGAAAGACUGCUGUUAUCGGUUCUACCGAAACACGUGGCUGCAGAAAUCAGACAAGACUUGGGAGCCGUGGUAACGGGACAGUUUAAAAAAAUUUACAUGUGCAGACACGAAAAUGUCAGUAUUUUAUUUGCUGAUAUUGUUGGUUUCACAGCAAUAUCUUCCACUUGUCCUGCAGCCGAACUUGUAAGAACAUUAAAUGAAUUAUUUGCAAGAUUUGACAAAUUAGCCGAGAAGUAUCAUCAGCUAAGAAUAAAGAUUUUAGGCGAUUGUUACUACUGCAUCAGUGGUGCUCCCAUUGAUAGAUCAGAUCAUGCAGUGCUUUGUGUACAUAUGGGACUUAGCAUGGUCGAGGCUAUCAGAUCCGUAAGAGAACAAACAAAAUCUACCGUUGACAUGAGAGUUGGAGUGCAUACAGGAGGAGUGCUGGCUGGUGUUUUGGGACAGAGACAAUGGCAGUUUGACGUUUACAGCAGAGAUGUGGAGUUGGCUAACAAGAUGGAGAGUGGAGGAUUACCAGGUCGUGUACAUAUAUCUGAAAAAACUCUCAGCUAUUUAAAUGGUGAAUUUGAAGUUAUGCCAGGCGAUGGUGCAUCAAGAGAGGAAGCAAUUCGUCUUGCUGGAAUAAAAACUUUUUUUAUAGUUCAAGUGCUGAAGCCAGUAAGACGUACUUUUUUGAUAAAUACCACAGUAGAAAAUAAUACAGAAGAGGAAAAUGUUAGGAAAGACGUCAACGAAUAUCAUUUGAGACUUCAUAAAGAGUUAAUUAAUACAGAAAGACAAGACUUAGGCAAAUAUGUCAGAUUAUUUACUCUUUGGUUUAUUGAUCCGAAAUUGGAAGAUCAAUAUCAAAACAGCACAGAUAGCACCAGCUGCAUUUCGAUGGGAGGUUUAUUGGUCAUUCUUAUCUCCCAUAUGGCUGCUUACUUUUUCGUUAUGUAUGGGAGCCUUGUCGUUUAUGUAACUUUUCCGUGUGGAUUGAUUGUCAUCAGUAGCAUUUUCUUCCUUAUAAUUGCAUCGCUUUUGUCAAAGUCGGCUCCAAAAUUAUUAUCGUCGUUUUCACAAAAAAUUCAAGAAAGUAUUUGGUUAAGAAUAGGAAUUGCAAUAACAUUAAUAUCAACGUGGUUUGCCGUCCAUUUGGUUAGCAUGAUAUUUUCUUCGGUUCCCGUUUCCAAUAAUCCAAAUACUACUUUUAUAAUUUCCAAAAAUAGUGCAGCAUUUCCUCCUUAUUUUAGUUAUUUUAGCAUACUCGGUGUUCUCGGUGUUACCGUUGUUGCUAACAUCAGUCACAUGAUCAAAAUUUUAUUUACAGUAAUUAUAAUACUCGUUCAGUGUUGUUUUAAUAUCUUGCUUCAGUCUUCGUGGCUCGAUUGGUACGACGCCACGUUCUAUCCUCAAAAACAACUGAAUAUUUAUCAUCAAGAGAGUUUAUCAAUUAUUCUUGUUGGAGUCUCGCUGUGUCUUAUAAUAAUUAAUUGGCAGUUUGAAAAAACAUCUAGGAAGUUAUUUCUAUGGCAAAAAGAAGUAGAAGAACAAAGAGAGAAGGUAGCAGAUAUGAGAAGGAAGAACGAAGCACUAGUUUAUAAUAUAUUACCACCUCACGUCGCUAAACAUUUCUUAGGAAGAAAUAAAAAAGACGAAGAACUAUACAGUAAAAGUUACGAAGCUGUUGGAGUAUUAUUUGCAGCCAUGCCGAAUUUUUCAGACUUUUAUACAGAAGAGACGGUUAACAACCAAGGAUUAGAAUGCCUCAGGUUUCUAAAUGAAGUUAUCUCGGAUUACGAUGCGCUCUUAGAACAGCCAAGAUUUCGCGAUAUUAUUAAAAUAAAAACAAUCGGUUCAACUUACAUGGCUGCCAGUGGAUUGAGUGAAGAAGAAACUGUUAAACAAGAUGCUCCAAUUAAAGAGAAGUGGGCUCAUCUGUCUAGGUUAACCGAAUUUGCGCUGACAUUAAAAGCAACUCUAAACAACAUCAAUAAAGAAAGUUUCAACAAUUUUGUACUUCGAAUGGGUCCGAAGUUAUUUCUAUGGCAAAAAGAAGUAGAAGAACAAAGAGAGAAGGUAGCAGAUAUGAGAAGGAAGAACGAAGCACUAGUUUAUAAUAUAUUACCACCUCACGUCGCUAAACAUUUCUUAGGAAGAAAUAAAAAAGACGAAGAACUAUACAGUAAAAGUUACGAAGCUGUUGGAGUAUUAUUUGCAGCCAUGCCGAAUUUUUCAGACUUUUAUACAGAAGAGACGGUUAACAACCAAGGAUUAGAAUGCCUCAGGUUUCUAAAUGAAGUUAUCUCGGAUUACGAUGCGCUCUUAGAACAGCCAAGAUUUCGCGAUAUUAUUAAAAUAAAAACAAUCGGUUCAACUUACAUGGCUGCCAGUGGAUUGAGUGAAGAAGAAACUGUUAAACAAGAUGCUCCAAUUAAAGAGAAGUGGGCUCAUCUGUCUAGGUUAACCGAAUUUGCGCUGACAUUAAAGGCAACUCUAAACAACAUCAAUAAAGAAAGUUUCAACAAUUUUGUACUUCGAAUGGGUCCUUAUUUCUUUAAUUAUUAGUUUGAAAAAACAUCUAGGAAGUUAUUUCUAUGGCAAAAAGAAGUAGAAGAACAAAGAGAGAAGGUAGCAGAUAUGAGAAGGAAGAACGAAGCACUAGUUUAUAAUAUAUUACCACCUCACGUCGCUAAACAUUUCUUAGGAAGAAAUAAAAAAGACGAAGAACUAUACAGUAAAAGUUACGAAGCUGUUGGAGUAUUAUUUGCAGCCAUGCCGAAUUUUUCAGACUUUUAUACAGAAGAGACGGUUAACAACCAAGGAUUAGAAUGCCUCAGGUUUCUAAAUGAAGUUAUCUCGGAUUACGAUGCGCUCUUAGAACAGCCAAGAUUUCGCGAUAUUAUUAAAAUAAAAACAAUCGGUUCAACUUACAUGGCUGCCAGUGGAUUGAGUGAAGAAGAAACUGUUAAACAAGAUGCUCCAAUUAAAGAGAAGUGGGCUCAUCUGUCUAGGUUAACCGAAUUUGCGCUGACAUUAAAGGCAACUCUAAACAACAUCAAUAAAGAAAGUUUCAACAAUUUUGUACUUCGAAUGGGUAUUAACCAGGGCCCAAUAACUGCUGGAGUGAUUGGAGCGAGAAAACCACAUUACGAUAUGUGGGGAAACACAGUUAACGUUGCUAGUCGUAUGGAAAGCACAGGGAAAGCCGGUUGUAUUCAGGUUGUUGAAGAAACAUCUCGUAUAUUGGAAGAAUUUGGCUACGUUUUCGAACAACGUGGACUCGUCACUGUUAAAGGCAAAGGGAAAUUAAUGACUUAUUACUUAGUUGGCAAAAAACACGAAAAUGGAGUAACUUACGAAGAUUUACGCAGAUCUCCUUCUUUAAUACCUAAUUCUGCAGCGGAUCCUCAUUGCCAGUGAUUGCCAGACUUUUUUAAAUAAAAGGAAUUACGCCAGGGACUUAAAUUUAAAGGCAAAAAAGUGAAUUUUAGUAGAUUAGUAAAUCGUUUUCUUGUUGUAAAUAUAUUUACCACAUAUGAAAUCAAUUACAGGUUUGUAUUCUGUAAAAUGAUUCUGAUUGGUUUUAUUAUAAAGAUAAUAAAUACGGGCACAAAUACAGCAAAGUAUUGUAUAUAUCGCAUCAUAAAACUAUGACAGGACUAUUUGUGAUUACUUGUGUGAAAGAAAUU